AUGGCUGCUAUUGUCAAGGCGAUCAACGCGAAGAUCAGGUCCAACCCUGUGUCGGACUAUGUCUGCUCUACCCACUUCUGGGGCCCCGUCUCUAACUUUGGUAUCCCUCUGGCCGCUGUCAUGGACACCCAAAAGUCACCCGACCUGAUUUCCGGCCAGAUGACGGGUGCUCUCUGCAUCUACUCUGCCACCUUCAUGCGCUACUCCCUCGCCGUCUCGCCCAAGAACUACCUCCUCUUCAUGUGCCACUUCAUCAACGAGGGCGCCCAGCUUACCCAGGGAUACCGUUACAUGCAGUACAACUACUGGGGAGGAAAGGAGGCUUCCGCAACCAAGGACGCGUUCGAGACUGUUCAGAAGAAGGCUGAUGCCAUCGAGGCCAAGGUCGAGACCAAGGUCAAGGAGGCUGUCGGCAAAUAA